AUGGAUGUGUGGAUGGAGACAGCAAACGGUACGACUAUAUCUCUGCCAACGAUGGAUCUGUUCUGUAUUGAAGUCAAUAGAGAGCCCAAAGCCAUCAGUGAUCCCGUCUUUCUGGACGACGACCGCAUCCUUAAGAAUCUGAUGCUCACCGAAGAGAGAUAUACCAUCUCUUCCUCUUACUUCAAGUGCUUUCAAACUGAACUCAAGCCACACAUGAGGAAAGUGGUGGCAAACUGGAUGCUCGAGGUAUGUGAAGAAGAGCGCUGUCAAGAAGAGGUAUUUCCACUGGCAAUGAAUAUUUUGGACCGGUUUCUAGCGAUUGUCAAAAUCCGCAAAAGUCAAUUACAAUUACUCGGCUCAGUCUCCCUCUUCUUAGCCUCCAAAUUAAGGCAAACGCGUCCCCUCUCUGCCGACAAACUAAUUGUAUACACAGACAAGUCUAUCACAAUAGACGAGUUAAUGUCCCUUCUGAAUUUUGUCAACUUGUCGUACAAUGUGUUGGGAAUGCCGGGCUGGGAGUUAUUAGUGCUCAAUAGACUGAAAUGGGAUUUGGCAGCAAUCACUCCAAACGACUUUUUAAACAUUCUUCUCAGAAGACUUCACAAAUGGCCAAAAGUAUCCGAAGUACAGAAGCUCAUCAGAAAACACGCGCAAACAUUCAUCGCAUUAUGUGCUGCAGGUAAUGACAAACUCAUUUCC